AUGCUCAGCAAGUUCAUCCUCGCCGCUCUGGUAGCAUCUCCACUCGUUGCCGCCCAUGGCAAAGUUGCAGUUAUGACAGGCGAUGCCGGUGGAAAUACUACCGCUCUCGGUAUUCAAGGCGGUGUUGUCCCAGGUCCUGGAAAAAAUAAGGUGACUGAAGUCGACACAACGGUCUUCAAGUCCAAUAAAGCCGCGUCUGAUGGCCUUGGAAAGACCUCAGCUGGUCCCAACACACUCGCCGAUAUGACAUCCGUAAUGGCCCAGUCCGGCGACACCCUCCCCCAGGUUUCCCCUGGCGGAUCUCUCUCCGGUACCGUCCACAUUGUCACCACAGAUGGCGCUGGCCCAUACACUGCCGUCAUUGACCCGACUGGAACUGGCGCCUUCGCAUCUGGCACAGAAGCCACAGUUACCCAACAAGUCCCUGGCAAGAAGGGCAACAUUGCCGCUCCCAAGCAACGGAGCCUUAUUGCCCGCACUCUCGUUAAGAUGGGAAUCAUGAAGCGUGCUUCCAAUGUCAACGAGGACUUUCCGUUCGCCGCAACCAUUCCAGCGGGCACCACAUGCACGGGCACUGUUGGUGGCCAGAAUAACGUCUGCCUCGCCAAGAUCGUCAACCCUUCCAACGCCGGUCCAUUCGGCGGAGUGGUUGCCUUCCAGAUGACUGGUGCUGGUGGUGCAUCCACAGCAUCAAAUUCCACUGCUGCCGCGGGCGCCAACACAGCCAACACAGCCAACACUGCUAAGACUGCCAACUCGGCCAGCACUGCUAAGACUGCUAAGGCUGCCAAAGCUGAUAAGAACGCCAGGGCCCCAAUCGGUGCAAAGUUCCGCGCAUGA